UUUUUUUAUUUUUUUCCUUAAACCUUUUAUUACAUGAGGCACACCGUUCCUCCCUGCCUAGAAAAACGGUUGUUUACAAUCUUUCUUGCAUUCAUGACAUGUCUAGAAAUCACAUUUGUGAGUUUGCUUCUGGUAUUUUUCGGUUGUAUAUUUAUCCUGGUUCCCCAGCAAGUUAUUUAUCUAAUCAGCUCUCUAACCACAUCAGAACAUAGUAAGAUUGUUGAAUUAUUAGUUUCCAUCUCUCAACCUCUGGUCCUGAGAGAGACUGGAAAAUGUCUGGUUUGCAUCUCUGCACUGAUCCUACCUCUCUCUCUCUGUGGAUAUAUAGGAUCAUUGCGGAUCAGUUCCCCACUUUUACUCCUGUAUUCUGUUCCUAUUCUUCUGAUUUGGAGUAUUCAACUAGUUCUUCUGACCUGUCUCCCAUUCUUGAAAUCUCGUAUUCUAGUUCUCAUUGACUGGUUAGCAACCAUCUCCCUCACUCAGUACAGGUAAACUAAACCUCAGUAGCCUCAGGUCCAAACUUUUAUAUAUUUAAUCCCUUCAAAUACCAGUAAUCCAGCGGAUAAACUUAAAUCAUAUCGGGAGCAUAUGAGACACCUUGUUUAAGGAUGAAAACUUAAUAGUUUCAAAAGUUUCCAUGCUAGGGAUAUCAAGUUUAGGCGUUAAGUAUAUUAGUGCAA